AUGGCUGGUGAAAUGGUCUCGAAAAGGAGCACGAGAAUGUUUCUUGAGGACGCCGGCUGUCACCCAGAAGAAGAUCCCGCCUACCGACCCGCGCGAAGGAAUUCCAAGCAAGACGACCUCAUCCCACUGGAGCUUGCAGAGAAGUACCAAGCAAAGGGGCCCUCGAGGAAAGGAUCGCGCGAAUCCGUCACACCCGUCGAUACUACGAUGGACGUCUACGUGCAGAAGCAAGUUAUGCUGUCAGUGGAGGAAGAAUUGUUGAAGGUCGCGACCGCCGAGAAGGGCGUGGUGCGGCGCGACGACGGACUCAUCAAGGUUGCCGAGCAGAUCCAGGCGCCUCCGGCAUCCCCCAAGUCUCCCGGCAUUGAGCGAGUCCUGCCCAUCGACGGUCGGCCCAUCAACUUCGGAGUCGUCGUGCCUGGAGUAUACCGCAGCAGCUACCCCAAGCCCGACGAUUUUGGCUUCAUUCGCAAUCUCGGGCUGAAGUCGAUUGUCACCUUGGUUCAGAAGGAUGAUGUUGAUGAGCCGUACACAAAUUUCAUGUCCAACAAUGGCAUUCGGCACCAUGUGUUCAACAUGAAGGGCACAAAGAAGGAGGCCAUCCCCAUCCGGACAAUGAAGGCGAUUCUGAGACUAGUGCUCAACCGCGAGAACCACCCACUCCUCAUCCACUGCAAUCACGGCAAGCACCGUACUGGAUGUGUGGUUGGCGUGGUCCGCAAGGUGACCGGCUGGGAGCUCAACAACAUCGUGGACGAGUACCGGGCAUACGCCGAGCCGAAGGUCAGGGACAAUGAUGUCAAGUACAUCACUGACUUCGACCUAUCGGACCUGUCGAAUCUGUUCGUCCACGAGGCGAACAUGAGGUUUCGCGUCCGUCAUUUCGUCCGAGUGACCCUAUUCAGCGUCUUUGUCGUCUUCGUCUGGCUGCUGUCUGGACAUAGAAUGUCCAAUACGGCCAGGCGCGUCAAAGACGUGAGGUGA